AUGACUCCGAUGGAGGCGGACGAGCGGCGGAACGGCGAUUCGACAGGUCACAAGCACCGUGCCCCGAAGAAGCCACGCCUUACUGGGUUCUUAUCCGAGUCGGAUAUUCGGUCCGAGUUCGCUCACCACCAGACCGGUGUUGCUAGAAUCAACAACGGCAGCUUCGGGUGCUGUCCCGGCUCCGUUCUCGAGGCGCAGCGUGAGUGGCAGCUUCGGUAUCUCCGUCAGCCCGACGAGUUCUACUUCAACGGUCUCCGUCGUGGAUUGCUCGCUUCUCGAACCGUUAUCAGUGGCUUAAUCAACGCCGAUGACGUCGACGAGGUCUCGCUGGUUGAUAACGCGACCACAGCUGCCGCUAUCGUUCUUCAGAAAGUGGGACGGUGUUUCUCGGAGGGGAAGUACCAGAAGGAAGACACUGUAGUGAUGUUCCACUGUGCGUUUCAGAGCGUGAAGAAGUCGAUUCAGGCUUACGUCUCGCGCGUGGGAGGCUCCACUGUUGAGGUCAGGUUACCUUUCCCUGUAAAUUCGAACGAAGAGAUAAUCUCGGCGUUUAGAAAAGGAUUAGAGAAGGGCAGGGCGAAUGGUAGAACGAUUAGGUUAGCUAUCAUUGACCAUAUAACGUCGAUGCCGUGUGUUUUGAUGCCGGUACGAGAACUGGUUAAAAUCUGCAGAGAGGAAGGCGUGGAGCAGGUAUUUGUCGAUGCGGCUCAUGCCAUCGGUAGUGUUAAAGUUGAUGUCAAAGAGAUCGGAGCUGAUUACUAUGUGAGCAACCUGCACAAGUGGUUCUUUUGCCCGCCGUCCAUCGCGUUUUUCUACUGCAAGAAACGUAGCUCCGAGUCUGAGGUUCAUCACCCUGUGGUGUCUCAUGAGUUUGGGAAUGGUUUGCCUAUAGAGAGUGCAUGGAUUGGGACUAGGGAUUACAGCUCGCAGCUCGUGGUUCCAUUUGUGAUGGAGUUUGUGAACAGGUUCGAGGGAGGGAUUGAAGGGAUAAUGGAUAGGAACCAUGAUGAAGCUGUUAGAAUGGGGUUAAUGCUAGCUAGUUCCUGGGGAACGAAUCUCGGGUCACCUCCUGAAAUGUGUGUUGGGAUGGUUAUGAUCGGUUUACCUUCGAAACUCUGCGUGAGGAGUGAUGAAGAUGCUACGAAGUUGCGGUCCUAUCUGCGGGAGCAUUAUUCAGUGGAGGUUCCGGUUUACUUCCAUGGAUUGAGGGAUGGGGAAGAAGGAGUGAAAGAUAAAGACAGUGGGCUAAUCACUGGGUAUGUUCGGAUUUCGCAUCAGGUUUAUAACAAAACAGAGGAUUAUGAGAGAUUGAGAGACGCAGUAACAGAGUUAGUCAAGGAUGAGUUGACUUGUCAAAACCUUCCUCCAUUGUCAACACAGGGUUCCGGUGUAAACAAUAAGGCGCUAGAGGCGCCACCGGAGGUAACUUUAUUGAUGAGCUUGUGGAGGAGCGGCUUGCAAUGGAAGAAGAAGAAGCUAACCUCGAGGAUGGCUGAAGAUAUGGCUAAGCCUAUUAGGUUACUAAAUUUCGUCUCGGAAGAACAGUUAGAUGAAUCGAAGAAAGAAAGAGGCGAGAGAGUUGAAGAUGGAACAUUCCAGAGAGAUAGGGCUCUCUAUGAGAUUUUGAAAGAGAACAAAGACAAGAAGGACGCUGAGUUUAACGAACGAUUCAAACAUAGACCACCCAAAGCUCUGGAUGAAGAUGAGACUGAGUUUCUGGAUAAACUCGAAAUGUCAAAGAAACAAUACGAACGGCAAUUAGCAGAUGAAGAGGAAGAACAGCUUCGUAGUUUCCAGGCGGCGGUUGCAGCACGAUCAGCAACCCUUCACGAACCAAACGAAGCAGCACUGCCACCACCAGCUCCGACCACCAAAGAACAAAAACCAACCAAGAAGAGAAACCCGGCGACUCGUCCAUUUAACACGAUCGUAAAAGUCAAGCCACAACCGAAGAAGGCUAAAGCGACAGAGGAAGAGAAGAAGGAAAUCUCAGGGAAUGCAGAACCGGCCAGCCAAAUCAACCAGACUUCUUUAGAUUCUGUGACAGCCAAUGUUACAGGUAAAUCUCCUGGAGCUCUGCAAACAGGUUUAGCCUUAGUCUCAUAUAGUGAUGAAAGUGAAGACGAUGAUUAA